AUGGUCGGAGGCGACGGACGGACGCCAAUUGGCAACAAGCCCGCAGUCAGGGUAGAAUACGACAACCUGUGCCCGGAGAGCCAGUGGCGACUGAGGGAGGCGUUGCGCAUAUGGGCUGACUGGCACGAGACAAAGAUAGCUCCCCAAGACUGCACCACUCUUCCUGGUCCGCUGGUGGGUGGGAGUUUUGCAUACAUGUGGCCAGCUAUGUACGGAGGGUGUGUUGCGCUGAUGGAGGUGCCUAAGCCAACUGAUGCUUGGGCCCCUGUAGUCAUGACUUCUGUGAGCAUGCAAGUUCAGAAGGAUGUCAUUGUGACCUCAGCGUGCGGUCCUGUUGCUCCAAGCUCUGCACCGCAACAACUGGGUCAAGCUCAGCCGGUGGCCCAGACUGUUAGCACCUGUGAACCUCCUCAAGAAGCCGUUGCUGGCUUGAAAUGCGUGACAAAGCGAGGUGCAGUUGUGGUGGUGUCUCGAGCACCAGUUCAGGGUGCACAAGUGCAUGGUGAAAAACAAGCCCAGGACAGGAAUGCUGCAGCCACAAAAGCUGCAAAGGAACUGAAGAAUGACCACCAAUCAAAGAGGCAGCGCCAGGAGACAGCUGUUGCUCCUGUUGUCAAGUUCAAAGAUGGUUCAAGUGGACAGUCAAUGCAGGCAGCCCAAGGGGUGUUUGUCAAGGUCAGCGUAACAUGCUUCAAGUGGUCAAGAGCCAUGCUGCUGAUAUUGCCAUAUGUGAAAUGUUGUGAGCACUGA